AUGGAGCCAAAGCAGAUGCUGGAAGGACAGAUGCAGGUUGCAGAAAACCCUCACUCUGAGUAUAAUCUGAUCAACAAUGUUGAGAGGAUAGUAGAAAAUGAGAAUAUAAAUGUAGAAAAGUCAUCAAAACAGAAGGUGGAUUUACAGUCUUUGCCAACUCAUGCCUACCUGGAUCAGAUGGUGGUGCCUAUCUUAUUACAGGGACUUGCUGUGCUUGCAAAGGAAAGAGCACCAAAUCCCACUGAAUUUCUAGCAUCCUAUCUUUUUAAAAAAAAGGCACAAUUUGAAGACCAAAACUGA